UUUUUUUGAACUGCUGUGUGAAGGAAGCAAAUUCUUACUGCAGCCCGGGUUUGAACAUGGAUCCAACAGGUGUCCGAUGGACUGAGAAUGAGUAUACUCUUAAUGGAUAUUUGUCCAAAUACAUCAGCUCAUUUCCGAGCAUCAUAAAAAUCACAGAAGGAUUUUUAGGGAAGCAGGAAAUAGACAGCAUCAGUUCAAGUAUGGUGAUUAGGGUCCAUUCUCUUUACAGCCAAAGGAGAGUAAUAGCUGAAUCAAGAUUGGGCAAGUUGUUCUCUCUACCAAUAAAACUGAAAACCCUGAAAUUCAUCACUACCGGAGGUUCCUCUCCUAUCAAUGGGCCAAAUUUACAGUGUCCUAUGACCCUACAAGAAAUAGUUACCAAUUAUCAUCUCCCUGUUGGCAUUCAUUCCUCCAAAGCACUGUCUUUCAAGGAAAAAGGGGAUGAGGAAUCCCAGGAACAAAUACUUCCUGAACUACUUUUGAAAGACACCUAUGAAGAAAACUUUUUACUUGGUCAUCCCAUUGAUAAAGGUAAAAUCUUUACCAAAGAGCCCAUUAUGGUCCCAAUGUAUAUGAAAGAACUGAGACUGGUGGUAGCUUUAGGAUUCACCAAUGAUGACACAAACAAUUGGAACAAGACUUUUGAAUGGCUUACCAAACAAGUGGAUAAUGAAGGGGACAUGUCAGAGGUUACUUUUGAAGAAAUAUAUUUACUGGACAAAAAGAAUCUGUCAUCCAAUGAACCAAGAUACAGCACCAUUGAGCCAAUAUAUAUUGACAUCAGUGAACUUGGAAUGGAACAGCAGAGAAAUAAAACACUCAUAGGUACCUCUACCCACAAUGAGAGACACAUUUCUCGAGUAUUAAACCAGACCGCUAAAUAUAGCUUGGAAGGAGUGUCUCAGGUGGUGUCAAAUGUCACCACACCAAUAACAAACAUAAAUGAUAUCCCAAAAGAUCUUCGAGGCUUGACUGUGAAUCAGGUGUGCAAGUGUCUUAAUCUGCUCAACAUGAACCAGUAUGAAGAUGCCUUUAAGGGGGCACAGGUGGAUGGCCAAUUCUUGUAUGAGCUGAAUUGUGAGAUGAUGAAGAGUUGCCUGGGGAUGAAUGGACUUCAUGCUGUUAAAUUAAUGAAGUUCAGGGAUGGCUGGAGGCCCAAUAUGCAAGAUCAGUAGAGGUUACAAAAGCAUUGAUUGUUAGAGGGUUAGAAUAUUUAGUAAGGUGGCACAGUGUUACAUUUGGUACAAAAAUAUUUAUAAGAAAUGUCUUUGGCAAGUCUUUGUAAUUGGAGCAAAACCAAUAGAGCCGCACAUUAGCAGUAAGGCACAGCCAAUGAUAGCAUCUAGGGUACUAAUAAAACAGUCAGUACUGAAAUUCCAGUGUUUAAAUCAGGGAAUUUACAACAUUUACAAAAUUUCGGUUGGAUAGUACUAGAUUAUAUUCUGGUGAGCAAAAUGAGUUUAUUUUGGAAUCAGUGGAAUAUUUGCUAAAUCAUAAUUAUUUUAUGUAUGAUGGUCGCUUCUAUCUCCAGAUGUGUGGCAAUGCAAUGGGGGCGCGAUUUGUGCCCUCAUAUGCCAAUCUCUUUAUGGAGUGGGUAGAAAGGUGCCACAUAUUUGGAGAUGGAUCAACAUGGAAAAACUGUAUCGUGAGAUAUUUUUGCUUUAUUGACUAUUUGAUUUUGAUAUGGAAAGUUAAUGAAAAGCAGUUAGAAGAAUUUGUGCUUUUGUAAUAAUAAUCCUUUUGGUAUAAAGUUUACUUACAAUAUUGGUGAAAAGAAUAAAGAAUUCUUGUACAGGUA